AUGGCUAGUAAUUCUGAUCAGUGGGGCUGUUGUUCUAACGAAAUUGAACCAUCUGGCAGCAGGUAUUUGAAGUGUGAUACAUGCACUAAAUUAUAUCAUUACGCCUGCUUGUCAAUUAAGGAGUCUCCAAAAAAAUCGGGGUCGCGAAAAUCUUGGAAAUGUCCAACAUGUGUGAGUAGCACACCAAGGAUAUCUAGGAGCGAUUCUACCCCCAUAAAAAGUGUAUCUACAAUCAGAGCAAAUAAAAGGCAAGCCACCGAAGCCUUAUCUCCCGUGUUGCCUGAGUUUAACAAAGAUGACAUUCGUUCCAUUAUACAAGAAAUUAUUAAACAGGAAUUAAGAGAUAUGCUGAAGCAGAUAAACUUAAAUAUUACCAAUACCAUAUACAGGGAACUUGCGCCAAUCAAAGAGGAAAUUCAGGAGUUAAAAAAAUCUAUGGAUUUCAUUAAUGAUUCUUUUGAAGAUAUCAAGAAGGAGCAAAAUCAAUCAAGGGAAAAUAUGAUUAAAAUGAAUAUCGAAGUACAGGGUCGACUUAAUAGUUUGGAGCAACAAUCCAGGAUGUGUAACCUGGAGAUACAAUGCGUGCCGGAAAACAAAAGGGAGAACUUGUUCAGCAUCGUAACACAACUUGGUCGAGUAGUUAACUGUAAUAUCAAGGAACAGGAUAUCAUGCAUUGCUCGCGGAUUGCUAAGGCAAAUACCACCAGAGCUCGUCCACGGUCGAUAGUGGCACAACUUGCGACACCUAGGAUUCGUGAUCAUAUGCUGGCUUCAGUAAAUAAGUACAACAAAAAUAAUCCGCAAAAUAAAUUGAACUGUUCUCAUCUGGGAUUCGCUGGGGAAAAGUUUCCAGUAUAUGUUGCGGAACAUCUAUCUCCAGCGAAUAGAGCCCUCCAUGCAGCGACCAGGAUAAAAGCCAAAGAAAUGAACUAUAAGUACGUUUGGAUCAGAAACGGCAAAAUCUUCGUAAGGAAAACUGAAGGUUCCGAUUAUAUAUUAAUAAGGAGUGUGAAUGGCUUGGAAAAAAUAAUAUAA